AUGUCUGCAAAUUGGGAUGAUUUACCUAUGGAGAUGAAGCUUGAAGUUUGUCGGUAUAUGGAAAAAGAAGAUCGGUAAUUAAUUAAUUAACUAAUUUUUCUUAAUUAACUUUAUUUUUUAGCGCAAGCUUUGCACAAUGUUCCUGCACGUGUUUUGUACAAAUGUUGCAAGUCGAGCGAGAUAUUCAACAUUUAUCAGUUUAUCAAAAUGAAAUUGACACAUAUUUCAUGUUGGGUGUCAAUGGAGUUUCGCUAAGUUUCGAGCAAUAUGGCCUUCAAGUUAUAGUUCGAAAGGAUUCCAAGUUAUUCGCGAAAUGGGAGAUUGAUGCGAAAGUUUUGGUUUUCGAUUUGUUCGCGAAGAUUUUAUCGAAUUGUAGGAAUAGUGUUGCGUUUAUCAAGAUUCAUGCGGUCGGUUUUUCCUAGAUUCUGACUUUCUGAGAAAAAAAUAUUCUUGUUACAGUCAGAUUUCUCAACCGCCAAUCUAAGAGUCGAUCUAUUUCCAAAACUGAUGAGUCUCGAAAUUUGCAGUGAAAAUAGGCAACAGAUUUAUUGGUUUUUGUCGAGAAGUUUGAAUAUUGUGAAUUUGAAUGUGAAUUUUAAAGAAAUGGAAGAGGAAAGUGAUACUGAGCUACUAUUCAAUCCACCGGAAUUCAAAAUUUUGAUGAUUUCUGAAGUUGAGUUGAAAUCAAACGAUGCUGAAGUCAUGCUAGCUAUCAUUUCUCGAAUUAGCGAUGCUGAAGUUUUUGAAGAGUUUCACAUUUCAAUUUCCGAUGAAAAAUUCGAUGGACCCGAUGAGAAUUUGCUAGAAGUAUUCAAAAAAUCGCAAGCGCUAAACCUCGACCUAAAAAUCUCCAUCGAGCAAAUCUACGAGCUCCUCGCGACCCCAAAAAUCAACGCAAUAAAAUUCAAAAACAUGGCAACUUCAACAAUCGCUGAUGUCAUUCUGAAGUGUUCUGCGGAAAAAUACAGGAAGCGAUUGUGUUUCAAAAAUGUUGUUGGAGAUCUCAUGGAACAUGGAGAGCGGUUGGGAUUGUAUCAGGAUUAUUUUCAAGAGGGAUCCGAGAACUAGUAGGUUUUUGUUUUGUUGAGAAAUGCGAAUUGUUCUUUUGCAGUAUGUUCUACUUGCCAAAUACUCAAGGAUUAUACAACACCAGGACAAAUAGUGUAUCUGUUCAAUUUGAACCCUUUUGA